UCGGUUCGAGCUCCAUAUGUUUCUUAGUCGAGUAUGUCGCUCGGAAGACUACCGAAAGUUUGGCGCCGUUAACCGCGAAGGGGCCCGCAACCGCAACACCUUCUUCGCCUCUGCAAACUCUUCCGCCUCCUCUGGCGCAGUCUCUCCGAUCAGCUUCAGCUCUCGAGUCGGAGCUCAUGGGCCAUAAUAAGCCUAGGCGUUUCAAGACCCAUCAUAACAGCCACAAAGGCCAAUCCAGUAGAACCCAUCGAAUCCCCAGGGAUGAAGAGUCUCUCCCAGCUGACCCAGCCAAUGAAGAGGAGUCUACAACGCCUAAAGUUCAGCUUGCUAUGUGGGAUUUUGGGCAAUGUGAUGCCAAAAAGUGCACAGGCCGCAAACUUUCAAGAUUUGGCCUAUUGAAAGAGAUGCGAGUAAAUAGUGGAUUCGGCGGUGUAGCUCUGAGUCCUGUUGGGCAGCAGUGUGUUUCAAGAGAAGAUUACAGCUUGAUCAAGAGGAAAGGACUGGCGGUUGUGGAUUGUUCAUGGGCCCGCUUGGCUGAUGUACCUUUUGUGAAGCUCCACUGUGCUGCCCCACGCCUCUUGCCUUGGCUGGUGGCAGCAAAUCCAGUAAAUUAUGGUCGACCAUGUGAGCUAUCAUGCGUGGAGGCUUUAUCUGCUGCUCUAAUUAUAUGUGGUGAAGAGGAAACUGCACAUUUGUUGUUAGGAAAGUUCAAGUGGGGUCAUGCUUUUCUUUCACUAAACAGGGAACUUCUGAAGGCUUAUUCUGAAUGUGAGAAUGGCGCUGAUAUUAUAUCAGUCCAAAAUACUUGGCUCUCUCAGCAGGCUCAGGACCCCAAGGCUCCCUCGGAUAAUCAAGGUGAUGCGGCAGCAUCUUUCAGUGACGAAGAGGAUUCCAAUUCUGAUUCUGAUGAGGGGCUUCCACCUCUCGAGAGGAAUAUGAAUCAUUUGACUCUACAGGAAAGUGAGGAGGAGAGUGAAUAGAGAUAUUAUGCAGCCCAAGCUAGCUGUUUAUUCUAAACUAAGGCGCGACACUUGCACGAGGCUGCGGGUCUGAAAAAAAUUUCUUUAUUAUUUAGUUUAUCAUAGUAGUAUAACUAAAACUAAUAAUACAAUUACUGAAGUGGAAAAUUAUGAUUUUUCAAUUGAUAGUAAAUGAUACAAAAGAUUAUAUUAAUCUUUGUAAUAUAUAAUUGCUGGGACAUUUACCAUUUUUUGCCAUUUACAAAAUCUACAAAUGGAGACUUUCAUUCUU